AAAAAAAUUUAUUGCUACCGACCCGACAUCCAAGCCUGUGUUUGGAUCGACUUUGUUUCUACAAUGCUCUCUGCUUCUUUCUUAAAUAAAACCCGAUAUCUUUCUUUCCAAUAAACAAGAAAGGAAUCAAAUUUUCUAAAUAGAAAAACGUUUGAAAAUGGUAAUGAGAUCAGCACUGAGUCGAUUCAGUACUGCCUCGCGUUAUCGAUCAAUGGAGUCAAGUCGUGGUGCAGUUCGGUGCUUUAGCGAUGGUAAGGGUCGGGUCCUGAGCGAGGAGGAACGCGCUAAGGAGAACGUCUACAUCCAGAAAAUGGAGAGGGAGAGGUUGGACAAGAUGAAGAAGAAGGCUGAGAAGGAAAAGGCAGAGAAGGAGAAAGAGGGUGCUGAGAAGACCAAUGAUGAGGCCUCCAAGGGUUGAUUGGAACAUCAAUUGUACAUUAUGACUUGUUUGCUUUGAACUUAAUAAUGACAAGUAAUGCAAAUAAAUGUUGUGACACCUUAGACUUUUGAUGAGAUUUGCUUCUUUCUUAAUGUCUAAUCUCCAAGAUAGUAGCUUAUAAUCUUAUUGUAUGUGGUUGUUAAUCCGUUGAGAUGCUUUUUUUCUGCACUUGAAAUAAUAUUGUGAUGUUUGAGAA